AUGACUCGGACAGUAACAGUAAUAGAACCAAGGUCUAGCAUCAAAACUUUCGGAACACCUCUGGAUACUUCCCAGCUUCGAUGUCUGGUUUCUGUCGCUCUUAGUGUGGAGAAGGAAAACCCUGUCAUCGUUGUCAGCAGCGAUGGAGCUUCCCUCUGUGGUGCCUUUUGUGCUGUUCAUAACGUGAUUCAACAAACAAACAUGGAUACAAACGUGGAUGUUUUUACCUCCGUCAGACAACUUCAAAUUCGAAGGCCCAAGUUCUGUUCAAGUCUUGAAGAAUAUGGACUCAUCUUCAAGGCCGUGGAUGAUCACAUACAGAGAGGCACAGAAAACAUAUACUCUAAUCAAUAGAAGCAUAUUUCAUCAAAAAGAGACUUACACAUAAUAAUAAUAAAAUUGUAAAGCUCAU